AUGCUACAAGAGGUUGUCUAUUGCGGAGUUUGCACUUUCCCACCUGAAUACUGUGAGUUCACUGGUAAAUUAAAACGUUGUAAGGUUUGGUUAAAGGAAAACCAUUCUGAUUUAUAUGAAAAAUUAUAUGGAGACGAAGAAGUUGGUGAUAAGGAAGUUAGUGGUGUAGCUAAAAACUUAGCAGACUCUUCUAUCGGCGAAGAAAGAGAAGAGAAAUUGGAGAAAGAUUUGAAGAGAUUACAAACUAAACAAGAGAAUAGAGAACAAAGAGAAUUAGCCAAGAAACUAUCCUCAAAGGUUGUUAUUAAGAGAGAGGCUAGAACUAAAAGAAAGUUUAUUGUGGCCAUCUCUGGUUUGGAAGUGUUUGAAGUUGAUAUGAAAAAAUUAGCUAAAACUUUUGCUUCGAAAUUUGCUACUGGUUGUUCUGUUUCAAAGAAUGCUGAAAAGAAAGAUGAAGUUGUUAUUCAAGGUGAUGUCUUAGAAGAAGUUCAAAAACAUAUUAAAGGUAUGCUAGAAGAAAAAGGGUUGAAAGAUGUUAAAAUGGAAAUAAUCGACUCUGCUAAGAAGAAAAAGCAACCUGAAGGUGCUGAAGGUGCUCCUGCCACAAAUGGUAAAAAGUAA